AUUUAAUGUCAAAAACUGGCUGACUGCCGAAACCUGAGGUUAAUUUUAUAAAAUUGUCGGUGCUUUUUAAUCUUCUUUAGCAAUAAUGGCCAUGGCACUCCGCAGUUUGUUGAGGAAUUCAACGAAGAGACUGCAGGUUCGUAGCUUCGCUGCGGAGGCACCAAAAGAGGGAGAAAUGGCUCUCACUUUUGCUGCUGGCAAUAAGGUUUUUUAUAAUAAGCAAGUGGUGAAGCAGAUUGAUGUGCCAUCACUCAGUGGAGCUUUUGGUAUCCUCCCCAAACAUGUACCCACAUUAGCUGUACUGCGCCCUGGAGUUGUCACAGUUUUGGAAAAUGAUGGCAAGACAAAUAAGAUUUUUGUAUCCUCCGGCACCAUCACUGUCAAUGAUGAUUCAUCAGUUCAGGUUUUGGCAGAAGAAGCCCACCCUCUAGAAAAUCUUGACAGAGGAGCCGCACAAGAGGCACUUAGCAAAGCCCAGUCCGAGUUCAAUUCCGCUGCCAAUGAAAAGGCUAAAGCCGAGGCGGCCAUCGCCCUAGAAGUGGCCGAAGAAAUCGUGAAGGCCGCGUCGGCGUGAACAAUUCUGCGUCGCGCUGUUACAACAGUUAGUGUUAAACUGUAACUAUUUAAUUACUCCCAUUAUAUAUAAAUAAAGCACUUACGUUUCGGUAGAUCAAAA